CCGACUUCGCCGACUCGGGCCCCCCAGGCAGUGAAGGACUUGCCCAUGCUGAGAAGAAUUUCCAGCUUUGUUGCUGCUGAGGGCACGGGCCUCAUGGCCUUCCUGCCAAGGGGCAGGAAACUGGAAGGAGUUCCUGAGCCCGCGAGCCUGCAGCGGAAGUAGGAGAACGUAGGUAUCAGUAUGUGUGAGACAACUCUGCCUCAUAUAACAAGUCAGGAUGCUAUGUUCACGAAACGGCGUGGGGUUUGAGGCCCUUCUUCAAGUGCCUGGAGGUUAGAGAAGCAGCUCAGGGGAGGGAACUGUGGCCAGUUAAGAAGGCCCUGCUUACUGUCGCUACCAGAUCUCAUGUCAACACCAAGUCCUCAGUUGCUGGUGGCGGCUGCUCAGCAGACCCUGGGCAUGGGAAAGCGACGGGGCCCUCCCAGAGCUGUCUGCCUUCAUCUCGCUGGAGAGGUGCUGGCUGUGGCCAGGGGACUGAAGCCAGCUCUGCUGUACGAUUGCAGCUCUGCAGGGGCACCCGAAAUCCAGAGUUACCUGGAGAAGCUGCGGGGCCUGGGCUUCCCGACCCAGGGGCUUCACGUCCUCGAGAUUGCAGAGAACAGCCUGAUUGUCCAUCCUGAGUAUGUGUGUCGGCAUUUGGAGCAGGUGCUGCUUGGUAGUAUAGCCUUUGUGGAUGUUUCUGGCUCUCAACCUUACCCUGCCGUCUGCUCCCUGGACCAGCUUCAGGACUUGAAGGCCCUCGUGGUGGAGAUCAUCACACAUUUGCAGGGGCUGCAGAGGGACCAAUCUCUGACAGUCUCCUGCAGCAGGCUGUGUUCCUCAGCCUGGAAUCUCUGUACUGUGUUUGGGAUCCUCCUGGGCUAUCCUGUCCCCUAUACUUUUCACGAGAACCAAGGAGAGGACAACUGUUUAGCCCAGACUCCACUACGAGUGUUCACUGCCCGGAUCUCAUGGCUAUGCUGUCAACCACCAGUCUUGCUGUAUUCCUUUAGUGUGCCAGAGAGCCUGUUCCUGUCCUUGAGGGACAUUCUAAAUACUUGGGAGAAGGACCUUAGAACCCGAUGUAGGACUCAAAAUGAUUUUGCUGACCUCAGCAUCUCCUCUGAGAUAGUCACACUGCCGGUUGUGGCCCUCUGACUUUAACUUUUCCCGUGUGGAAGGUGCUUGGUAAAUGAUCAGCUGUAGGUCAGGGAUGGCAACUGGGAAUCAUUUCAAGUGUCAAUUGCGAGUAUCUCGAGGACACUUGGGAAGAAUACUGUAAUCCAUUUAUCAUUUCUGUGCUGAACUGGACUAGGGAGAGUAGACCGGGAUGCUUCAGGAAUAAACAGAGUUCUUCGGGACAGACCAUCAGGUGAAAUUUAUUUGUUUAUUUUUACAGCAGGUUAAAAAAUAGUCGUAAAUCUUAGUUGUGUUGGGAAAACCCAGACCUUAAAGUACCCAAACCUGAGUUUUUUUUUUUUUGAAUUUCUUGUUUCUGAUUUCCACCCAGGGCAGCAGUCACCAGAGCAUCAGGCUGUCCUUAUUGGCCAGCAUCACUGCCACCGCUAGAGCAGCCAGUGCCAUCAGCAUCAGGAGCCAUCGGCCACGGGGCCUCUGUGAGGAGGGAGGGGGACAAAAGAGAAAGAGGCCGUGGGUUGGUCAGAGAAGACACAGGCAAAACUAAUCUUCCUCCUGCCCCUUUGAGCCCAGUAGGAAACCUCGGGCUGGUGGAGGAGAGGAGGCUCUCUGUAUCCCCGUCUCUGCCACUUUGCCACUCUCUUGGGGUACAGUCACUUUACCAAAGGUCAGUGGGCCAGCAGGCCACAGCCAGCAGGGGCCAGGCACUCAAAAACCGAUAGAAAUCAAAAGCGGAAAACAACUGAGCAAAAUUGUAUUAUUCUCUGUUUAUACUCCUCUUGCUUUCUUCACUCUGUUCUCGCCACUGUGCUCAAAAUAGACUGAAAGUACCCCCUUUCAUACUUUAGCCAGUACUGAGUUUUUCCCUUCAGGCUCAAGAGUUCCAUGAAAAUUAGGCUUGGAGGCAUGAGCCAGUGUUUCUUUUCAUGGUUGUUAUACUGUCAGUACAGUGUAAACCAAGCUGAGCGGAGCGGGCUGGCUAGAUGUUGGCAGGGGCUGGGCAAUUUUACGGGCAAGACUUGGGGGAGGGAGGAAGCAUCCCGCCAUCAUCUGGGGCUCUGUGGGAGGUCGGACUCUUACUCUGGGGGGCGGCUGUUGGCUCUGACUGAGCUCUUCUCGACAGUGCUGCAGCUUACGCAGGCAGGAGAGGUACUCGUCGCUGAGGUUGUCUAGUUCCGAAUGCAGUUCUCCGCACUGUGGGGGAGAACACCACCAAGGUCAUCACACAGUUCUGGACAGAGCCCAGGUCGGGGAGAAGGCCCUGCGUAAGCUCCCCUGUCAUUCACGGUCAUUCUUACCGCCAUCCUCCCUUCCCGGCCUUUGUCAGAGCUUUCAGUUUGCCUUUCGACAGUCUCGCCUAGCUUAUCCAUAAUGUGUUCAUUUAAAUGCAUAUUUUACAUUAAGUGUAAUGCAUAUUAUAUAUGUCAUAUUUAAUGCAUAUUAUAUUUUGUACUAUACGUGUAAGUGCUUUUGUGUGAUAGUUGUUAUGUGCAAGUGCUUUGUAAAUAGGGACACACAAAAGGGAAGUUCUACAGCACAGAUGACCUGGAAGGGAUCUUAGUGCAAGCCUCUUUGGGGGAGCGAGUUGCAUGUGAAUACUUCCGGACAUAUGUAUUUUGUAAGUAUGUAGGUAGGAAGAGUUUUGUUAUGUAAAAGACCCUGUGUAAAGUUUUAAGAUACUCAUUGUACAACAGAGUUUGAGGAGUUAAUGUAUUUAUUAAAUGUGUUGGAGUUUAGGUUGACUUUCUGAAAAGUAACUCUUUAGUAAAACCUUGAAUAAAGAUUGGUAUAAAGAAGGAAAAGAUUGACAAGCUGAAA